UCUUCAUCCUCAUCAAUAUUCCUUAUCGACCAUUUAUACCUGAAUAACGGUUAGUCAUAGAAGUUAUCUAGUUUGAUCUAGUUUGUGUGGACACAUACAUCGAAUAAAAUAUAUCAAACAUAAAGCACAUGCGUCCCAAUCAAUAAUAAUAAUAUCGUUAACCGAUUUUCCGAUCAAAUAUUGGAAAAUCGAUAAUUGAGAUAAUGCAGCUUAGAAUUUAAUGUGGCAAAAAAUACGAUGAGUGUCAGCACGAAUUACAAACUUAAUCCUAAUUUAUAUUUCGGUUGGUUAAGGUCGACAGCAUGAAAAAAACAAUUUUAAAUCUGGUCAUUAUUUUCAUUGUACAACGACAAUUGCGCACAACUGCUCAAAACAUCAGGUGCCAAAAAGUUGAUUUUAACCGACAAACAUCUGUAGUCGAAGAAUUCGGUGAAUGUGUCGGUGUAGCGCCACCAAAUGUUCUUAAAAUUAAUUCAUAUUCUGCCACAACUAUAACACCGUUCAGGCCGACAUCUGAGUUUCAUCUAUCAGCCGUAGAUGGAUUGUCAUGUCUCCUGUCGACGUUCACUUUCUCACUGGACAGUUUCAGUGAAAUUCGAACAGCAAUUUUUCUGCAUUGGGACGUUGUCGGUGCAUGGGUCAAAGUGCAAAUAUUCGACAAUGAUGGCGACGUGAUCGACGUAAUAGCUCAAUCGGAGAUGUCAAAUGGGUGGAUAGCAUAUAACGUGAAAGUUAAUAGAACGAUAGAGAAUGCACAGAUUGAAAUUUCAACGAAUAUGAACGCCAAUAGCAUAAUGGCCAUGGAGUAUUUAUUCGUUCUGAAUUCGGAACUGGCGAAUGAUGAAUGUGUAGAUGAAGAGACAGAUCCCAUAAUUACUGAUCCAACCGACGAGACUCCACCUACUGAUUACACUACCGAACCUACAGAUCCAUCAGAAGACCCUUCUCCCACAGAUGAGCUUACUGAUGAUCCCACUGACGACCCAACUAUUGAUCCAACUGAAUCCUCAACUAUUAUAUCGACAGAGCCCACGGACGACCCUUUUCCCACUGAAGACCCUACUGUUGAUCCAAUUGAACCACCAACUACUGUAUCACCAGACGAACCCUUCCCUACUGAUGAAACUACCAACGAAACAGAAAAUGAUACCAGCACUACACCAAGUUAUAGUCCGUCAACAACUACUGCUGAGUCACCCCGGGAAAGUCAAUCAGCUACUAACGUUUGGAUGGGUUUAAGUAUAUUGUUCUUUGCAACAACUAUUAUCGCAUUGGCAGGGUUUUAUUAUUUUGUUUGGUUGUAUCGAAGACUUCUAACGUCAAUGAAAUAUGUAACAAGGUCUGGAGAUGUAACGAAUACUUUGCCAAGAUUGCAAGUAAAAAAUAGUGUAAUCGAUGGUGAUUCUGUUAUCGUUGGGAUUGAUAAUAAAUAUUGACAAAAUCG